UCCCGUCCCCCCCCCGCCCCGGAGCGGAGCGGAGCGGCGGGAGGCGGCGGCGGGGGCGCGGGCGGAGCCGCUGCCGGUGCCGGCCCCGCUGGCGGAGCCGUGGGUCCCCCUCCAUGCCGCCAUGGCCCCCGCGGCUGCCCGGCCCCGCUCCCCCCUCGCCCUGGCCCUGCUGCUGGCGAUCGGAGCCCUCGCAUCCGAGUGGCCCCCCCAAAACGCCAGCGAGGCCGAGGGGAGAGGCUGGGAGGGUUCCCUGGAGAGCAGCCCCUCGCAGUGGGACCCGGCGAGCAGAGACCCCUCGGGGGGGCCCAACAACGGCACCGGCCCCGGGGGGGCCACGGCGGGUGGCUGGCCCCCGGCGGGACCCCAGCUAGAGCCCCCCGAGGGGGGCACGGCCGCCACCACGGACCCUGCAGCGAUGCCGGAGGGGUGCGCGGGGUGCACCGGGGAGGGCGAUGCCAGCGCUUUGCCCCCCAAAUCCGUCUCGACGGAGGACGGCCAGGCUGCGGCGACCCGGCCGGGCGACGGGGGGACGGUGGCGGUGGCACUCGGCAGCCCCGAGGAACCGGGGAGCGGUGAGCGGCCCACGCCGGCCUCCCUGCCCAGCCCGGGGGUUUUUGGGGGGCUCACGGCCGCCCCGCCGAGCCCCCCCGGCCCGCGGCUCGUCACCGGCUCGGCCGAAUCCGACCUGCUGCUGGCGGCCGGGGGCUCGGCCACGCCGCGGACCCCCGUGCCGGGCGACCCCAGCCCCGUGCCGGGCGCCGCGGGGGACUCGGGGGGUCCCCCGGAGCUCUGGGUGGCCGCAUCCAGCCCGGCCCCGGCUCAGGGGGCUCGCGGCCGGACGGAUCUGACCUGGCUGGAGGCGGAGGAGCCCCUCGCCGUCACCCCGGUCCCGGCUGAGCCGCCGGCCGACCGAACGGCCUCGGAGAUCAUCGACAUUGACUACUACGACCUGUUUGAGGGGGGCGAGGGACUGGGGGGCUUCCCCGGGGGCGGCCGGGGGGCGGCCGGCUCGGCGCGGCGGCGGGAGCCGGAGGGAGCGGCCACGCCGUGGGCCCUCCACGAGCUCUACGACGACUUCACGCCCUUCGACGAAGCCGAUUUCUACCCCACCACCUCCUUCUACGCCGACGGGGACGAGGAGGACGAGCUGGAGGAGGACGAAGAGGACGAGGAGGAGGAGGAGGAGGAAGACGGGGGGCUGGAGGACGAGAACGGCUACCGGCCGCCCGCCUCGCCCUCGCCCGGCGUCCAGCCGGCGCCGCGGGACCCCCGACCCACCGGCCGCCGCGACGCGGUGGUCCCGCCGCAGCCCUCCGGCGUGGCGGGGGGCAGCCCCACGGCGCGGCCGCGGCCGGGGGAGCGGGGCCAGCCGGAGAACGGCACCGAGUGCCGGAGCGGUUACGUGCGGCACAACAGCUCCUGCCGCUCCGUCUGCGACCUCGUCCCCAGCUACUGCCACAACGGCGGCCAGUGCUACCUGGUGGAGAGCCACGGGGCCUUCUGCCGGUGCAACACGCAAGACUACACGUGGCACAAGGGCACGCGCUGCGAGGCCAUCGUCACCGACUUCCAAGUGAUGUGCGUGGCCGUGGGCUCGGCCGCCCUCGUGGUGCUGCUGCUCUUCAUGCUCACCGUCUUCUUCGCCAAGAAGCUCUACCUGCUCAAGACGGAGAACAGCAAACUGCGCAAGACCAAAUACCGCACCCCGUCCGAGCUGCACAACGACAACUUCUCCCUCUCCACCAUCGCCGAGGGCUCCCACCCAAACAGAGAAGCGAAGGGCUUUGCCGAGCGUGAGCCGGAGGAGGAGCGUAGGUCCCUCUAGCCUUUGCCUUAGCCCACCGCCGGUUUUCCCCGCAUUUCGACCACUUUUAGCAGCCGUAGCGUCUGCCACCGCUCGGCCCGGCCACCCUGGCAGGAGGCUCCCGGAGCCGGCUGGCUCCCCACUGUGGAAAGGAUGAAUCUUGGGAUGAAUUCAGUGCCGCUCCCCGGCAGCGCGGUGCCUGGGAUGCGGCGUACCGAGGAUGCGGAGGGGACAGCGGAGUCGACACCCCUGGGAAAGGGGUUGCUGGGGGACGUGUGGUGCGGCCGCUGUGCCGGGCGAUGGAGCUCGGUGCCCGUCCCGUGGCAUUUGCCGUGGAGUCGAUAGCACGAGCCGGGACGAGCUGGGAAGCGCUCGUAGGGCCACUGCCCAGAAGAUGGAGGUUUCCCGUCCUCGUAUGAGCACGGCUGUGCGAUACCGGCCCUCGGGUGUCUCCAUCCAUCCGCCGCUCGCCGAGCGGCACCGGGAGCACCGUAACUGCUACGGUGCCGGGGGUGCCUCACCGCCACGGCCCAUCCCGCCCUCGCAGACCCCCAUGCCAGGGCUCAUCCUGCCCCACCAGCGAUGCCGGGACCGUCCCGGCACAGACAUUACCCAACACAGCCGGAGCUCAGCCCCGGUGCCGGCGGGUGCCGCUCUCCCCAUGGAUGCGGGAAAAACUCGGGGCGCAGCCCAGCCCCGGGGAGAAGAUGCUCCCGGCAGCCGUGGGGAGACGUCGGGAAGAGACGUCCCCGGUUUUGCCACCGGCAGAUCCGGUCAGCGGCACGGCGGGGCCAGCUGUACGCUAACGAACCGCAAUAAAUCCAACCCCUCGGGCCUCCUGCCAA